AUGGAUGGUGAUGAAUUCCUUAACUCGCUAAUUGGAUUAUUUGAUGAGGAGCAGAACGUUCAGGCCGGUAGGACACAAGUAUCACUCGAUAUGUGGGGUUCGUGUACACCUCGCAACAUAGGCAAGAAAAUGCGUCGCACUUCCUGCCUCAAGCCACUUCACAGGGAGCUGAUGCGACAAUUUAUCGACAUCUGCGUGAAAGCUGGCGUGGAAAGCUUCGUUUACGGUGGAACUGCGUUAGGUGUUUUUCGCGAGGGUGGGCACAUGAUUGCUUUUGAUUACGAUAACGACUUCGCCACACUUGAAUAUCCUUCUGGGGCAUGCGGCAACGGUAGCCUCUCGCAAUUAGCCAACUUUUGCGUUAGAGAAAAUAGUGGCGUCAACGUUGUGAAUAUUGAUUGCCUUAGACACGAUUCCCCGCUCAACGCCACAAUUCAGGUGGACUUUCAAGAUGUGUUUGCUUCCACGUCUUGGUUUUACUUGGACCAGGAAAAAUGUAUUCGUGAGAGGCCCUACACUGGAGUCGGAUCCAAACGCGCUAAGUUCUCCUUUACUCCCUAUGGAAUUCGAGAAGCUAUCCGAAAUGCUGAAUUGAUGAAACCUGCUCUUGCAGAGGAGCUUGCAAAGGACUUAACCAGCAUCCACAUCGACCUUUUUACCCUCUCACCUCAUCCUGAAUCACCAGAACACCACCUUCGCGUCAACUGGCACAAAAGCGGGGUAUAUGAUUCGUUGAACAAAAAGUUUUUAAAGAGUCACUUUUUCCCACUACAGGAGGUUACUUUUGAAGGCUUCAAGGUUCUAGCACCCUGCAACUUGGAAGGAUACCUCACCGAGGAAUACGGUUACCUGGAUAGGGACGCUAUGUACGAUUCAAGUAGACAGUGCUAUAUCAAAAUACCAGACAACCUACGGGCCUUAUUGCCUCGGUCCUUCGAAAGAUAUCUGUUGAAAUUUUCGUGUAAAACCUAG